AUGUUGUUUCAUGUUGUUAUGCCAUCUGAUAAAUCUUCCCAAUUAACGAGACUGGAAGGCAAGGUAGAACUAAUAACCAGUGCUGCUAGUGGAAUUAGUGAGUCCACUGCACGAUUAUUCUCCAUACAAGUAUUUAUUGCUGACAUCCAAGAUGACUCGGGAGAGGAAGUAUUCAAAGAUUUGGGACAAUCACCAGCUUCUUUUGUCCACUGUGAUGUAACUAAAGAAUCUGAUGUAGAAGCUACAGUUAACAAAGCUGUCGCCAGAUAUGGGAAGUUGGAUAUGAUGUAUAAUAAUGCUGGUAUAUCAGGAAUACAAAAAAAAAGUAUCCUUGACAACGAAAAAAUAGAAUUCAAAAAGAUCGUUAGUGUAAACAUGCUAAACAUGACUGCCAAUGUUUGUUCUACCAUUGAAACUGGUGCUUCUGAUGCAUACGCAAGUUCAAAACAUGGGGUGGUAGGACUAACAAGAAAUAUCGCAAUGGAGCUUGGAGAAUACGGCAUACAUGUAAACUGCGAGUCACCACACCUCGUUGCAACACCUCUGUCAAAGGAUUUCUUCAAAUUGAACAAUGAGGAUUGCCAUAGUGUAUAUUCCCACCUCAAAUGUGUUCUUCCUAAGUCAGAAGAUGUGGCAGAAGCUGCUCUUUUCUUGGCAAGUGAUGAGUCAAAGUAUGUGAGUGGACAUAAUCUUUUUGUUGAUGGAAGCUUCACCAGUAUGAAUUCAGUUUUCUCCAUAUUUGGCAAUCCACAUACAGGAGUUUCAAAGACUUGA